AUGGUUCCCUUCGUGCGUCAGGAGACACUCCCGAAGAUCUCCACAGAAGGAGGCAGGACCAGCCGCUUCCCCAAGCCUGAGCUCGAGAUCUCCUUCAGCCCAUGCAGCCCAACAGGAUGGCCUGGAAACGCCAGGGAGGGGCUGUGGUCAACGUCAAAAUCACCCCGCAAGAGGAAGAGCUCUGAGAUCGACAAGAAGAUCGGAUGGCGCAGUCCAGCUAAAAGGAGAGCAACGCAUGAGCUCCUCUCUCAGGAUGAGGUGCACAAGGAGAACCAUAGAAACCCCAGGACCAGACUGGCUCCUAAACUGGCUGUGCAUCAAGAGGUGCCAUCUCCGGCCAGGGGCAGUAAAGACCAGGGAUCCAUAAGGCCCCAGGACUCCCAGUCCAGCUUGCAUAGCAGGAAAGAAGGAACGAUGCAGAAGAUCGGAGUCUUCGGUAGCAAAGCUAAAAAGAUAAUGGGAUUGGUGAGCGGGAAAUCCCCAGAGACGGAGUCGUCCAUGAGCUUUAGACCCAUGAAGUCCAAGUGGAAGCUGUACAGACCAGAGAUCUCUUCCGCGAUAGACGUCUCCUCCCACCCGAUCAUCAGUAGAGUUCCAGACGAGAAAGAGAGUGACCAUCUCAUCGUCAAGGGAGAACUCUGGACUGAAGUCAAAGACGCUGCUCUUUAUGGUACAGGGAAAUGAAUGAAUAGAUUUUUUUGAAUGAAGGACAUCUUGAAGUUUACUUUAUUGUUAAGGACGUUUUUUUUUUUUUCAGAAGACGUGUAUUUUCUGAAAUCACUUCCUCUUCCUAUUAGCUGCCUGUUUUCUUUCAUAUAGUCUUCAUUUAUCACUUCAUUCUAUUGUAUUUCUGCGUAUUUAACGUUGCACAUGAUUAUUUCUCUCCAUUCUGUGCUAUGUAUAACAUGAUUUAACAGAAUAUAAUCAAGUAUUUUUAU